AUGGAGAAAAAAUACUUACUAGAAGAACUGUAUAUAUUUAUACUUGUGAUGAAACUAGAAGAAUGUAAAAAUGUACAUUAUAUGGAAAAUAGUGUAUCAUAUAUAGAGAAUUCCAUAAAUAAAUCGGAGACGAAAGAAAAUUUAUAUAGAAAAUUACAGAUAAAAAAAAAUACGAUUGGUUUCAUUAUCCACGUUUCAGAAAAUAGUAAAAAUAAGGAUAUUUAUGGUUAUAAAUAUGAAAGUUCCAUUGAUUAUGGAAUAAUAGAUUGGAUAAGAGGUUAUAUAUAUGUAAAUUCCAUAUAUAUAGAGAAUACUACACAAAAAUACUAUAAAAUAUUGGAAUAA